AUGCUAGAAGAGAUUAGAUGUGCAUUAAUGGAGAGAAUGCACAGUAAGUUGAUGCAUGCUACUAGUUUAACUGACUCCAUCACACUUAGAAUUAGAACUAAGCUUGAAGAAAUCAAGUACAAUAGCAGAUUAUGUACUUCCAAACCUGCUGUUGGUGGCAAGUUCCAAGUGAACAUUGGAGAGGAUCAGUUUGUGGUUGAUAUCAAUGCGCACACUUGUACUUGUAGAACAUGGCAGAUAACAGGCAUUCCUUGUAUCCAUGCAUGUUCUAGCAUUCAUUUGAUGAACCAGGAUAGUGCAACAUUUAUGGACAAGUACUAUAGUAUAGAAACUUAUAUUGAAACCUACAAAAAUGCUCUUGACCCACUGAAUGGCAGAAAAAUAUGGCCACAAGCUGAUGGGCUUCCAAUCAAGGCACCCAAAUUUAAGAAAAUGUCUGGCAGACCUAAGAAGAACAGGAAGAGAGAUAUCACUGAAGAUCCAAAGAAUCCUAAUAAGCUGUCUAAACAAGGAAUUCAAAUGACUUGUGCAGUUUGUGGAGGAGUUGGGCACAACAAGAGGAGUUCUAAUAUGAAAAAUGAUCCAUCUUUCAAGAGGCCUCCUAAACUGCCAGUCAAGCGUGGCAGUAGGGCUGAGCAUGGAUCUCGGUGA